CGUCUGCUCAGUCACCAUCUCCUCUUCCAACACAGGCAAGUGGAAAGAGAAAUAAUUAUUCAGAGAAAUUAACCUUUUCGAUUAAAAAGGGGAAUGAGGGAGCAACACGCACGCGCUUUUAACAGCUAAACUCAUUCUCUUUUCUUCCUUAAAACCACGAACUCUAUCUUGUGUCUCUGUUUCAACUUUCACUUUGCAUCGUCCUUGAUUCCUUCUUUCAGGAGGCUCCCUUUCAAGGUGUCUAUAAUAAAUGGCUUUGGUUACAACUGCCGAAGUCUGUGAUGCAAAUCCACAGCUAAUCGUGAAUGGUGAACUUCGGGCCCUCCAACCAAUAUUCCAGAUAUAUGGUCGUCGCCCGGUUUUCUGUGGACCUAUAGUUACACUUAAAGUAUUUGAAGACAAUGUUUUGAUCCGUGAGUUUCUUGAGGAGAAGGGUAAUGGCAGAGUUCUGGUUGUAGAUGGUGGUGGUAGUUUAAGGUGUGCCAUACUUGGGGGCAAUCCUGUAGUUCAAGCUCAAAAUAAUGGAUGGGCUGGAAUAGUUGUUAAUGGCUGCAUAAGGGAUGUUGAUGAGAUAAAUGGUUGUGACAUUGGGGUGAGAGCUCUUCAUUCUCAUCCAAUGAAGGCCAAUAAGAAGGGAAUUGGGGAGAAGCAUGUCCCAAUAACCGUUGCUGGGACUAGAAUCUGUAAUGGGGAGUGGCUUUAUGCAGACACUGAUGGUAUCCUCAUCUCUAAAACUGAGUUAUCUGUUUGAGCAUCCUUUUCUUCCUCAAGGUAGAAUCUGCAGGAUGCCUUUCCAGGCUGGUAAGUUAUAUAUGCCUUUCUGUUAUUCUGUUCCUGAGAUGAGAUUUUAUGCAUUGGACUAAGUUGUGUAAUGUAUUAUUAAUUUGUGAUAAUGAACAUUUGCUGAUCACUUUGCGAAUC